AUCAUCAUCAUCAUCAAGCAAAAUGGCAUUCUUGGGAGCGGCUGUCAGAUGGCCAGAUGCGCUGGGUCUCAAUGCAGAAGAGAUCCUCGCAAAAUGGCAACCCCAUCUGCCUUCACCUUUAUCCGAACUUUCGCCAGAUCUUUUGUUCUCAAUCUUGGUUUCGUUUACUGUGAUUGUACUCCUGACAUUCAUAAUCACCGCCUUACAAGCACGUCAUCCUCGUGCAAUUGCUGAACAUGCUACAGCCGAGAAGGGAAGCACAAAUAGGAAGAGAAGGCUAAAAGCAAGCGAUACUCCGCUCACUCUUCUUGCUGGUCCUUCUGGCGUGGGCAAGACUUCACUCUUUAGCGCUUUGGCAUUCAAUUCAGUCCCAUCUGUGCAUCCAUCACAGCGAGAAUCUGAGAGCUUGAUCAACUUGGCUGCACCAGUUUCAACCUCGAACGAAAAGGACCAGUUCAGCUCACAGCAACAGAGAAAUGUACUUCUUAUCGAUACACCAGGACAUCCGCGCAUUAAAGACCGCAUUAUUGGCGACUACAUCAAACAAUCCGAUGUGAUCGUUUUCUGUCUAGACGCAAAAGAAGCUUUGCGUGGUGGUGCCGGACUGGGAGUUGCCAAAGAAGGCAGCUUGAUCGAAGCAGUGGAUCAUUUGCACCAAAUCCUUAUCCAAUUAGCCAAAAGUCGCCGAAACGCUAAAUCUGUUCCUCCAACAUUGGUACUCUUGUUUACCAGAUCCGACCUUUCGCCUCAUUUGGCCAAUGUUUCACUUUCUUCCAUGUCGGCAGACGAGAGCAAGAGACGGGCAAUUCUACUGACUCGUGCACGAACGGCAGUAGAAGUGGAAUUGGGCCGCAGAAGAGCUGGAAUGGGAUUCGGUGCAAGACGAACGACAAAAGUUGGAGGAAUGUCAGAGGUGACGGGUGGAUCUUCGAAUAACUCUCUUUUGUCAAGCAUCUUUGGCAUUUUCGGCUUCAAGUCCAAUCGUCAAGGGGAUGGAUCAGCUGCAGAUGCGGGCCAACACGAAGAAGAGGAUGAAGAAGUGAUUGAUUAUGUGGAUUGGGAUGUAUUGGAGCGAACAAUGAGCAGCCCCAGUAAGAACGGUAUAGGACUUUCUGCGGGAACUAGCUUGGAGAGGCUUGAUUCAGACAUCGUUGAAGGCGGCAAGGCCAUCUGCGCAUUCGCAAGUGUAGGCAAGGAGCGAGGUUGGGACGAGCGUAGUGUGGAUGGUCUAGACGAAUUGAGGAGAGUUUUGCUUAAAGUGUAAUUGAUUUUGUAUUGCUAAAUCGUAUAAUGGAUGCAUUA